AAUAUUUCCAUUCCAUUUUUUAAAUUAAAAUUUCUGACAAAGUAAAAACAAAAUGACGUAUACUUCAAGUUUUACUGAGCAUGAUAUGAAUGAAUUGAAUGAAUUACAAAAUAAAAUGGUUCAAUCUAUUAGUCAUUUUUCUGAGACUUGUAGGAUUAGUAUUAAGGAUAAUAACUUUCUUUUGAAUUUAGUUAAUCAAAUUUCUGAUCUAAGAGUGGAAUUUCGAAAAUUUGCUGAAGAAUCUAUAGCUCAUAAUCUUAACAUGCUUACUUAUGCUAAAGAUUUAAUUGUAUUUGCCGAAUGUUGUGAAGAUGAUGGUAUCGAUAAGGACGAUUUGUUGAAAUUAUUAAGACCAUUAUUAAGCAAUUCUAAGUUAUAUAAAGCCAAAGUUAAAUUAUUAAAGAACCAACUUAAAAGAAUUAGUAUUUCUUUAUAUGGGAUUGUUAAAGAAAUUUUCGAAUAUGAUGAGAAAUUUAUCAGGGAACAAGAAUCUUUAUCCAAUAUAGUUUAUAUGAUUAUGUAUAUGAAUGGUAAUUUCAUAAAAGGAGCAUCAUCAGCAGUGGUUCCUGCUGCAAAGGCUGUCGUUGGGCUUAGUCUUGUUAUUGAGAAAUGCGGAAUGGUUUUUCUAAUAUUAUAUGUGGAACUAUUAUUUAUUGCGAAUCUAGGAGUAUUGUGUUGAAGGCAAAAAAAAUUCUUGCAAAUUCUGAAAGUUACAAUGAUCAUAUGCGACAAAUUUUGAAUAGAGAUUCGAUUCUAGCAUGAUACGAUAGUGGAAAAGGAUGUAAUGAA